AUCGUUUUGGAUCUGCGAGGGUAAUCACAACACAGGCAGGAUGAUGGUAUCGACGAUUUUUCUACUACUGGCGGUGCUGGCAACGAGUUUUGUUGCACCGACCGUGGGGCAAAAAAAGUACUUUGUACUGUUGAAGCCUUCCCCGGGAAGACCUUAUGACUACGUAGGAAGUUACACUCGAGAAGAUGGCUCCCAAGUCGCAGUGUACAUUCCAGGCAAAAAACCGACUUCUGGAAAAGGCAACGGCAAACUUCCGGGAAUGCGGGGUGAAGCGGAACCCCCGGCACCACCUCCGAAAAAGGAAAAAAAAGAUCACGUCGACGAUAAGGUUUACUUUUCGUCCCAGCACACGUACCGCCAAGUGUUGGCCAUUCUGGACCACAUCAACCUGUCGGGAGUGCAGUCCGGAGUCCGGGGCGAUGCCGAUCGCUACCUGCAGAACUUUAAGACGAACGUGCUCGCACUCAUCAGCAGCGUUGAUGACUUUUCCAAGAUCCAACCCUGCUUCGAUCACUUCACCCAAAUUUCCGACACGGCCCGUAACGAACUGGUCCAGUACUACGAUUCGUGCAAAUCAUCGGAUGAGGGAUCGUGCAGGGUGAACGGCGUAACGAACUAUUUGAGACAGCUAAACGCCCUGAUGGACCGUUUCUACCAGUGUGCUUCGCAGCGCGUUAGUGGCUAGAGUGAAAAAUAUGCAGCAGAACUUUGCUGAUUCCAAAUUCACAAAGC